GUGUGUGUAUGCAUACGGAGCAAAAAAGAGAAAGAUAACACAGUUUUAACACCAUUUCUAGAGAUCGAGAGGGAGAGAAAGAGAGAGAGAGGGCGAAGGAAGGGGUCUUAUGGCGUGAAGAGCGAGUGAGAAGUCCAAAACGUUUGGAAUUCUAGUGAAAGAGAGAGAGAGAGAGAGAGAGAGAGACUUGUACAACAACAACAUAUACGUAUAUGUGCAAUUAGGGUUUGUUUCCUUUUUGGUUUCCAUUUCUGCAUUCUCUCUAUCUCUCUGGUGGUCCAGUGUGUUUUGGAUCUGGCUGGGGCGGUGUUGAUUGAAUCGAAGGGAUGGAGGAGACUCAGCUGUGUGAUUGGGGCACGAUCCGGCCGCUUCUCGCCAUUAUUCAGUGGUGGGGGUUCAAUGUCACCGUCAUUAUCAUGAACAAGUGGAUCUUUCAGAAACUGGAUUUCAAGUUUCCACUGACAGUAUCAUGUAUACACUUCAUUUGCUCAACUAUUGGUGCCUACCUAGUAAUCAAGGUGUUGAGGCUUAAGCCACUUAUAGUGGUUGAUCCGGAAGAUCGAUGGAGAAGGAUAUUUCCCAUGUCUUUGGUGUUUUGUAUUAACAUAGUAUUGGGGAAUGUAAGCUUGCGUUACAUUCCCGUUUCUUUUAUGCAAACCAUAAAGUCUUUUACCCCUGCAACAACAGUUAUCUUGCAGUGGCUGGUUUGGAGGAAGCACUUUGAUAUGCGAAUAUGGUUUUCUUUGGUGCCCAUUGUAGGAGGAAUUCUCCUGACUUCUAUAACUGAGCUCAGUUUCAACAUGUUUGGAUUCUGUGCUGCAUUAUUUGGUUGUCUUGCUACUUCUACAAAAACUAUCCUUGCAGAAUCUCUACUGCAUGGCUACAAAUUUGACAGCAUAAACACAGUUUACUACAUGGCACCUUUUGCUACCAUGAUCUUAGCGAUGCCUGCACUAGUACUUGAAGGAUCUGGAGUUAUCCAAUGGUUUCAGUUGCAAACAUCUCUUUUCUCUCCUCUCGUUAUUAUUUUUGGCUCUGGAGUACUGGCUUUCUGCCUUAACUUCUCAAUCUUUUAUGUGAUUCAUUCUACAACUGCAGUGACGUUUAAUGUUGCUGGAAAUCUGAAGGUUGCGGUUGCUGUCACGUGCUCGUGGCUGAUAUUCCGAAACCCAAUUUCUCCCUUGAAUGCCUUUGGAUGUGGAAUCACGCUUGUGGGAUGUACGUUUUAUGGCUAUGUCAGGCAGAAAAUUUCCCAUCAGGCACCGGGAACGCCCCGCACGCCCAGGACUCCACGGAGCAUCAAGGAAUUGAUUCCUUUGGUAAGCGAUAAAUUAGAUGAUAAGGUUUAAAUGUUGUUGUUGUAGCAGCAGCAGUAGUCGUCAUAUGGAUAAGGAGUUAUACAAGCAAGAGGGACAGCACCCCCCCCCCCCCCCCCCCCCCCCAUUCUUUUGCUAAUUUAACUUUUGAGUUAGAUGAAUGGAAAUGAAGUAUAGAUGAAGUUUCCCCUUCUCUCCUCGAAAUUUCAAUCCUGUUCGCAUUCUUGUUUUUUAUUAGCUUAGAAAAUAUGGUAUUUGGGGCACCGAGUCCUAGUACUCACUGUUGGAUGCAAUUUUAUUAUGGCUGUGGCUGUGGCUGGGGCAUCAUAUAUCGUUGGGACAGGACAGAAACUUGACCCUAAAAUGUUUGCUUUGUGUGGGCAAUUUUGAUUGUUUGAAAUACUAGUAGUUUCUUUGUAUGGCAUAGUAAACGAUUAGAUGAUGGCUAUUGGCUACUGUAUGUAGAGUUGUUUUAGCCGGAUUGAUUUUAUUGUGUGACAGUGUGUUCCUUUUGGUUUAAAUUGUGUAUUAUUAAAUAAUUAUUAGAUUGUGUAUUAUUUUAAAUUGUGUAUUAUUAAUUAUUAAAUAUAUUUUGACUUUGCACCAA